GCUGGCUGGCUGUUAGCACCAAAUUUGAAUUCCUGAAAAAACGUUGAGAAAUCCAUGGAGGCUGGGAAGAGGAAGAGAGCAGGGAAUGAAGAGGAGGGAAGAGAAGCUCGUUACCGGGGAAUUCGCCGGCGGCCAUGGGGGAAGUUUGCGGCGGAGAUACGUGACCCUUCAAGAAGUGGGGCUCGCCUGUGGCUGGGAACAUUUGAAACAGCGGAAGAGGCGGCAAGAGCUUAUGACCGAGCUGCUUUUGCUUUCCGUGGCCAUCAAGCUAUCCUCAACUUCCCAAAUGAGUACCAACAUCAUCAUCAAAACUCCUCGAGCUCUUCGUCGGCAUCUAUGGCUUCCUUAUCAUCGUCGUCCUCCUCUUCAGGUGCUACUGGCCUGAGUAGUUCUUCGUCGAGUACUGGACAAGAAGGGGAAGUCAUAGAGUUGGAGUGUUUGGACAAUAAGUUGCUGGAGGAGCUUCUUGAAUCCCAAUACAUGAGAAAUCAAUUUCAGUCGAAAAAUGUAUCAAAAUAAACUGGAUUCUUUUGUUUUGUUUUUUUUGGGUUUCUCUGUUUCUGGUAGGAGAACAUGUAUGAGGAAAAAGAAAGUCUGCUGUUUUAGUUAAGUUAGUUAAGUCAAUUUCUGCAUAUUCAUUUGCCACUUUGUUAUGGGCUUAAUUUCUGAAGCACAUAACAGAUACAAUAAGACUGUAAUUUCUUAA